AAUUCAUGUGGAGGUCAGAGUGUAAGCAGGUGUGAGUGGGUCCAGCAGAAGGAAACAUGGCUGCCAAAGUGUUUGAAUCCAUUGGCAAGUUUGGCCUGGCCUUAGCUGUUGCAGGAGGCGUGGUGAACUCUGCCUUAUAUAAUGUGGACGCUGGGCACAGAGCUGUCAUCUUUGACCAAUUCCGAGGCGUACAGGACAUUGUGGUAGGGGAAGGAACUCACUUUCUCAUUCCUUGGGUUCAGAAACCAAUUAUCUUUGAUUGUCGCUCUCGACCACGUAAUGUGCCAGUCAUCACUGGUAGCAAAGAUUUGCAGAAUGUCAACAUCACACUGCGCAUCCUUUUCCGACCCAUUGCUAGCCAGCUUCCUCGAAUCUUCAUCAGCAUUGGGGAAGACUAUGAUGAACGUGUGCUGCCAUCCAUCACCACAGAGAUCCUCAAGUCAGUGGUAGCUCGCUUUGAUGCUGGAGAACUGAUUACCCAGAGAGAGCUGGUUUCCAGGCAAGUGAGCGAUGACCUCACGGAGCGAGCAGCAACCUUUGGGCUCAUCCUGGAUGACGUGUCCUUGACCCAACUGACCUUUGGGAAGGAGUUCACAGAAGCGGUGGAAGCCAAACAGGUGGCUCAGCAGGAAGCAGAGAGGGCCAGAUUUGUGGUGGAAAAGGCUGAACAGCAGAAGAAGGCAGCCAUCAUCUCUGCUGAGGGUGACUCCAAGGCAGUCGAGCUGAUUGCCAACUUCCUGGCCACUGCAGGUGAUGGCCUGAUUGAGCUGUGCAAGCUGGAAGCCACCAAGGACAUUGCAUACCAGCUCUCACUCUCUCGAAACAUCACCUACCUGCCGGCAGGGCAGUCCGUGCUCCUCCAGCUGCCCCAGUGA